AUGGCAGCAGCAACGCGGGCAGCCGCAGCAUCUAAUCAACAGCAGCAACAGCAGCAGCAACAACAGCAGCAGCAGCAACAGCAGCAGCAAAAGCAGCACAUCCAGCGACAGCAGCAGCAAAAGCAGCACAUCCAGCAACUGCAGCAGCAGCGCAGCAGCACAUCCAGCAACUGCAGCAGCAGUAACAGCAGCACAUCCAGCAACUGCAGCAGCAGCACAGCAGCAGCAACAGCAGCACAUCCAGCAGCUGCAGCAGCAGCAGCCAAAAUUCCAGCUGCUGCGCGCCAUGUCUCGGGUACUGAAUCAGCAGCAGCAGCAGCAGCAGCAGCUGCUGCUGCUGCUGCUGCUGCAGCAGUGGCAGCUGCAUUAACUACAGCAGCAGAAGCAGCAGCAGCAGUGGCAGCUGUAUUAACUGCAGCUACAGCAGAACCGACUGCAGCAGCAGCAGCAGCAGCAGCAGCAGCAACAGCAUCAAUUAUGGCCGUACAAGUGGCAGCAGCAGCAGCAACGGGAACAGCAACACGUGCAGCAGCAGCAGCAGCAGCAGCAGCAGCAGAAGCUGCAUUUGCUGCUUCGACUAUUUAA